AUGGCCGACGUUGCUCCACAAUUCGGAGCAGAGCUGAAGGACUCCUUCAAGCCUGUCAACAGUUGGGUCUCGAACGGUAUAUCGUGGGUGGACGAGAUACAUCAAUUCUACCGCGAACGCAGCGUUAUCGAAAAGGAAUAUGCUUCCAAGUUAGCCGCCUUGUGCACCAAGUACCAUGAUCGAAAGUCCAAGAAGAUUAGCCCCUUAAGUGUCGGCGAUACACCUACCUUGACCCCGGGAUCUCUCGAGAGCGCAUCACUCACGACAUGGACAACACAACUGAAUGCCGUGGGAUCUCUCGCUGCCGAGCGAGACAAGUUUGGAUCCGAAUUAAUAGCGCAAGUGGCGGAUCCUUUGAAGCAAGCCGCCACUCAAUAUGAGGAGAUUCGCAAGUCCCAUGUUGAAUAUCAUGGAAAACUGGAAAAGGAGCGGGACGCAGCAUAUGGCGAUCUCAAAAAGGCAAAGGGAAAAUAUGAUGGUGCGUGUCAGGAGGUUGAAUCCCGCAGGAAGAAGAUGGAAUCAGCCUUUGAUCAUGGCAAGAGCAAGGCACAAACGGCAUAUCAGCAGCAAAUACUGGAAAUGAAUAACUACAAGAAUCUCUACCUCAUCAGUAUCAAUGUGACAAAUAAGCUCAAGGAAAAGUUCUACCAUGAAUAUGUCCCUGAAUUGAUCGAUGGCCUACAACACCUCAACGAAACCCGAGUGGCAAAAAUGAACGUGAUGUGGACUCUCGCCGCCCAGCUCGAGAAGUCCUCCUUCCAAAACAGCACGGAGAUCAUGGCAAACCUUCUCGUUGAGAUUCCUCGCAACAACCCACGACUGGACUCAUUGAUGUUCCUCCAACAUAACGUGACACAAUCACAAGAACCUGCUAAUUUUGGCUUCGAACCCAGUACAGUAUGGCACGAUGACGCCUCAUUGAUCACCGAUGAAGCAGCCAAGGUGUUCCUGCGCAAUGUUCUAGGUAAGAGUAAGACUCAAGUCCGCGAACUCCGAGUUGAGGCAGAUCGAAAGAAGCGUGAGGUGGACGCCGGCAAGAAAGUACGAGAGAAUAUUCUCAGCGGCAAGGAUAAUCGAAAUGAAUUGGACGUCCUUCGAUCCAUAUUUUACACGACAGAGUCCUUGCACGAGGUGGAUCGCAAAUGGGUAACAGCCGAGGUAGAAACAGCAACCAUCAUCGCUGUAGCUGGCGAUCUGUCACUUGGAGCCCAGAAUCACAACUUCCGCUCACAAACUUUCAAAAUCCCGACAAACUGCGAUCUUUGCGGAGAGCGCAUUUGGGGAUUGUCUGCCAAGGGCUUUGAUUGCCGGGAUUGUGGAUACACCUGUCACAGCAAAUGCCAAAUGAAGGUACCCGCAGAGUGUCCGGGCGAGCAGACCAAGGAAGACAAGAAGAAGCUCAAGGCUACGCGGCAGGAGCAGGCCGGCUCCGUGCCUGUUGUUGACCUCGACUCUGCUGCAGCAUCCACUGCCGCCCCGACGCUCACGCGACAAAACACCAUGAAUUCCCUUAGCUCUGGAUAUGCAGCCAGCACGGCUCGGUCUGUAUCGAAUGUUGCUACUCAGCCCACUCCAGAAGCACCGGCAGAAGAGGCACCAGCCCCGGUUGCAGAGACAAAGCCAGCCGCGAAGAGGGCGCAUCGGGUGCUAGCACCGCCUCCGACCGCGUACAUGACUGCACCCCCGCCAAUUGAAUCAAAACCCAAAGAACCGCGAGGCAAGAUGAUUUACGCAUAUCAAGCCACUAGCUCUGAUGAAGUCACUGUGGACGAGGGUGAUGACGUGACAAUCCUGCAGCCAGAUGACGGUGGCUGGAUGCGUAUCCGCGCAGGGAACAGUGAAGGUCUUGUUCCAACUGCAUAUGUUGAGGCUGUGGCAACACCAUCACCCGGGCCCCCUGCCAGUCCCGCCAUGACUGACCGGCCCGGGUCAACGUACUCGAACUCCUCUGCGUCACUGGCCGGCAGCGCUGCGAUGAAACGCGUGGGGCCAGCCGUUGCGCCUCGUAGAGGAGCCAAGAAGGUCCAGUAUGUCGAGGCGUUGUAUGAGUACGAAGCCCGGAGUGAUAUGGAAUGGAACAUGACAGAGGGCGAUCGGUUCGUUCUGAUCACCCGCGACAGUGGAGAUGGAUGGGCCGAUGUUGAGCGGGGCGGUGUCACCAAGAGUGUUCCGGCAAACUAUAUCCAGGAGGUUUAG